ACGCAAUCAUUACAUGAUCAUAUUUUAUUUGUUAACCAAAUACAUAUCGAUAUAUCUGGUCGGCGAUUUGCCGCUAUCAUAAUUUCUUCCACCUCCUCCGUUUUCAGCGGCCGGAAUCCCACGGUGUUUCCCUUUUCUGGUUUCGAGUUUAUCAAAAUCCUAGUCUUUAAUCUUGGUAUACAUAACAAGCAAUACUCAGUUUGGUUAGUUUUUAAGGGGAAAUGUAAUCUUUUUUCCCUUUCCAUUUUUCAAGAUUUACAAAAAGUUACUCCAUUAACUGAUACCCGAACAAACCAAAAGGAAUCCACCGGCUGAUUUGAGAUCUAGUUGAUGUUUGAUUGCUGCAGAAUGCGGAUCUAAGAUCUGGUUCGAGUCUUAAACAUUGAAAUGGAACAAAUUGUAGAAGAAGCUCGUAGAGCUAAAGAGAAUGCAGAAAAGCUAUUCGCCAUGAAAGACUUUGCAGGUGCAAAAUGGUCUGCAUUAAAGGCUCAAGCUUUUUGCCCCCAGCUUGAAGGUAUCGCUCAAAUGGUGGCCACUUUUGAAAUACACGCUGCUUCCAACACCAAAAUAAACGGAGAAAUCGACCUUUAUUCAGUUCUCGGAUUAAACCCAUCUGCAGACAAAUCCACACUGAAAAAACAGUACAAAAAGAUGGCUGUCCUUUUACACCCAGACAAGAACAAAACCAUUGGAGCCGAUGAAGCUUUCAAGCUCGUUUCAGAAGCAUGGACUGUGUUGUCCAAUAAUACAAAAAGAAACAUAUAUGAUCUGAGAAGAAACAAGAACUUAUUAGCCAUGGUUGCACCUCCUAGACUUGACACGUUUUGGACUGUGUGCACAUCGUGUCGAGUCCAGUAUGAAUAUCUUCGAAAGUAUGUGAACAAAAGAUUAUCAUGUAAGAACUGUCGUGGGGUUUUCGUCGCCGUUGAAACGGGAGCUGUUCCAGUUACGUAUUGCCCAUGGUCGUAUACUGUAGAUAACGGGUUAGCAAGCCAUACACACGGGUCGGAUUUGGGUUUUCAUUCUGGAUAUGGGCCCGAGUUCACCAACAACGUCUCGUUUCAGUGGAACACUUGUUCGAUUUCAGAUCCUAACGGAUUCUCCUACAAUUCCGUGAACACUGUUCAUAACGCUAACGGAAAAGUCGCCGGAGCAAAAGUGAACGGAAAUGGUGAAAUUCCGAUUGGUAAGGUUGGUAGAGCUCCGAAGAAACGAAAGAAUGAAGUGAGUGAUGGGAAUGGUGAAAUGGGUUCAUUUACAGAACCAGAUGCGGUGGUUGCUGCCACGUGUUUUGAUGCCAGAAAGUUGUUAAUUGAUAAAGCAAGAUCCGUGAUUCGUGUCAAAUUGGAAGAGAUGAAGUUGGAUUUAAAGGCCGAAAAGAAUGGGAAAUUAACGAAGAGAACUAUAGUAGUACCCGACCCGGAUUUCCAUGAUUUUGAUAUGGAUAGAUCAGAGGAAGUGUUCAAAGCGAAGCAGAUAUGGGCGAUUUAUGAUGAAGAAGAUGGAAUGCCUCGGCUUUACUGUUUGAUUCGCCAGGUUUUGUCUGUGAAACCGUUUAGGGUUUAUAUCAGUUACUUGAAUUCAAAAACGGAUUCAGAAUUUGGUUGUUGUAAAUGGAUUGAAUCUGGAUUCACCAAAUCGUGUGGCAAUUUUAGGGUUUUUCAUUCGGAUGUUGUUGACCAUGUCAACAUUUUUUCUCAUCUUUUGGGGAGAGAGAAGGCUGGGAGAGGUGGUUGUGUUAGGAUAUACCCGAAAUCCGGCGACAUAUGGGCGGUGUACCGGAACUGGUCGGAAAAUUGGAACCGGAAAACACCAAAAGAGGUGGUGCACCAGUACGAAAUGGUGGUGGUUCUUGGUGAUUAUUCCGACGAACGUGGUGUUUGUGUGGCGGAUCUGGUGAAGUUAGAAGGGUACAAAACGGUGUACAUGCGGAACCCUAAUGAGAAUUCGGUUCGGUGGAUUUCAAAGAGAGAAAUGUUGCGGUUUUCACAUCAGGUUCCAUCUUGUUUGUUACAAGGUGAAGGUUUGAAUAUGCCAGAUGGGUGUUGGGAUCUUGACCCUGCUGCAACACCGGAAGAGCUGCUUCGGGCGGCAAUGGAGGAAUCGGCUGCCACCCUGGCGGCUGUGAAUGGUGGUGGAGGUGGCUGAAGAGGGUGGUUAGGAUAUUUAUUCUGACAAGUUGUGAGAUUGAUAAUGUACAGAUGAUCUAAACACAUAUAGUGAUCAAUGAGGGAGAAUUGGUAAAAGAAUUUAGAUAUAGGUGCAAGCUCACAUUUGUUUUUAGAGGGCUUAAUUUGUAUCAUCUUUAAACUUUCCUAUGAGAACCUUUUAAAACUAACAUGCAACUUUGGGAGUCACUUUCCCAACCAUCUACAAGAAA